AUGCAACCCGCAGGCCGCCUGAGGCUGAGGAUGUGGCUGGAGGAGCAGAUCGAGUCUGGCAAGUACCCGGGAGUCUGCUGGCUGGACAAGUCGGAGAAAGUUUUCCAAAUCCCGUGGAAACACGCAGCUCGUCACGGUUGGAGCAUCGACCGAGACGCCACCCUCUUCAGGAGCUGGGCCAUGCACACCGGUCGAUACCAUCCAGAACAACACAAAGCGGACCCAAAGACGUGGAAAGCCAACUUCCGCUGUGCGCUCAACUCGCUCCCGGACGUGCAUGAGCUCCGCGAGCGCAGCAACAAGAGGGGCAGCGAUGCCUUCAGAGUCUACAAGAUGCUGCCCAGCGCACACCCACGCAACAGAGUGCUCCGGAUGCUGAGUCAGCGCUUCAAAAAGCAGCAGAGCGUCGGAGGGCGCGCACCAGUUGAGACCGCGCAGCAGCCGUGGCAACCACCGAGUGUCAAUUUAUCCACUCAACAUGCAUCGCUCAGCAUUCCUGCACAAGGCGUGUCAUGGGAGGCCAUGGAGCAGGAGGAUGGAUCCAAGCAUUUAGAUCACUCGAGCGGCACUGCUGAGCCCGGCAACCACAUUUGUGCUCACGGAGGAUGGAGGGCUUACCCACUUUGGGACAACUGGGACAGUCCAGUUGAUGAGAGCCUCUUUACCGUGCAGAUAGACAACAACAACGAACUUUUAGAGGUGUCGGACUGGUCCUUACAUCAAAAGAGCCCCACAUUGUAGCAACAUAAAGAACAAUGUGUGUGUGUGUGUGUGUGUGUGUGUGCAUGUCACACACCUGAUCAAGUUGAAUGGUUUCCCAACUUUUCUUUUCUUGUAAAGCCGCUGAAAUAAAAGAUGAGACAUGAUAUUAUGUUCCAAGCCACGCCAUUAGCUCAUGUAACUUCUUGAUGCUUUAAGUGCUUCAUACUCACUUCAAUGACUCCGUGCAGCACCUAAAUGGAACCAAUCUCACGUUGCGUCAUUGGGAAUCAAGAAACGUGGCGUUAACACUUAAUCAUAAAAAUAUUUGGAACUAUGUUUUUCAUUGGA